UUCCCUUCUCAUUCCAACGCAACACCAACACGCCUAAGCAAAUCGGCAGAGCCCUCUCGCCCAGUUUACGCGGGUCUCUCUCUCUCCUCCCCCAUCUUCUUCUCCAUCAAAGCCCUAACUUCCCCAAUCCGAUCCGUCGUCUUCCCCCAAUUUCCACCGGUGAUUUCGAGAAGAUCGAGAGGGUUUCAUAAUCCGCGAAGAUUUCAACCAUGUUUACCAGGAUUUUUGGGAAACCCAGACAGGAAAACAGUGCCCUCACCACCUUAGACAAGUUGAAUGAGACGCUUGAAAUGCUUGAGAAAAAGGAGAAAGUACUGCAAAAGAAGGCUGCUGGAGAAGUUGAUAGGGCCAAGGAUUUCACCAGAGCAAAGAACAAAAGGGCGGCUAUACAAUGUUUGAAGAGGAAGCGGUUAUAUGAGCAGCAAAUAGAGCAGCUUGGAAAUUUCCAGUUGCGUAUCCAUGAUCAGAUGAUAAUGCUAGAAGGUGCAAAAGCCACAACUGAAACUGUAGAUGCCUUGAGAACUGGAGCUGCUGCAAUGAAGGCAAUGCAAAAAGCAACGAACAUAGAUGAUGUGGACAAGACUAUGGAUGAGAUUAAUGAGCAAACGGAGAACAUGAAACAGAUACAGGAAGCAUUGUCAACUCCAAUUGGUGCAGUUGCUGAUUUUGAUGAGGAUGAAUUGGAAGCAGAACUUGAAGAGCUGGAAGGUGCAGAGUUGGAGGAACAACUUCUUCAGCCAGCAACACAAGCUCCUGCAGCACCAGUGCAGGUCCCAGCAGGAAGGCAACCAACUCGCCCUGCUCCCCAAAGGCGCACUGAAGAAGAAGAUGAAUUGGCAGCUUUGCAGGCUGAGAUGGCACUUUAAGAGUCGAGGCUGUUUGCAGGUAUUCAUUCUCCGGUAGGAUGAGUCGAGGCUAUGUAAAGGAUUGGUCUGAUUUUAUAAUGGAGAUUUCUGCUCCGAUCACACAUUCUGGAUUUCUGUGUGGCUUCAUUAUUAAACAGAAUGUAUAUAAAGGUGGCACAAAAUGAAACAGUCCCCUUUGAAACUUGUAUUCUGCUAUUCCUCAGAUUUUUCUCUUUUUUUUUUCUUUUAAGUUUACUUUGGGACAUUUGUUCAAUGUUGUUCUUCGUCUGUCAUCCGGCAUGCCUUAAUCAAAUAGCUUGUUCUAUUA